AUGGACAUCGGCGGCCUGGAGACGGUGGUGGCCAACUCAGCCUACGUGUCGGCCCGGGGCAGCGCGGACGCCAGCGCAGCCUCCACCUUGCGGGACAAGAAGAUGCGAGCCAAGCUGAAGCUGCCCCACAUCACGCAGUGCGAGCCGCUGCGGACCCAGCUGGACCUGGACUUCCAGAGCAUCUGCCUCCGGCAGCCCAUCGGGAAGCGGCUCUUCCAGCAGUUCCUGGAGGAGCAGGAGGCCUUCGCGGCGGCCGGCGGGCUCUGGAAGAGCGUGGAGGACUACGCCGCGGCCGAGGAGAGCGAGAGGCCCCAGAAGGCCCAGAAGACUGUCAACCGGUUCUUCGACUCGGCCUCCAAGACCUUCUGCGCCUUCCUGGAGGAGAAGGCCGUCAUGAGGGUCAAGGAGGACGCCAAGCACGGGCGGGCGGAUCUCUUCCAGGAGACCGAGCGGCAGCUCCUCAAGCACCUAGAAGAGCGGGCUUUGGCCAAGUACAAGGACAGUUUGUUCUUCUCCCGCUUCCUCCAGUUCAAGUGGCUGGAGGGGCAGAGCGUGAGUGAGGAGUGGUUCCUGGACUUCCGGGUGCUGGGCAAAGGCGGGUUUGGCGAGGUCUGCGCCUGCCAGAUGAAGGCCACUGGCAAGAUGUACGCCAACAAGAAACUCAACAAGAAGCGGCUCAAGAAACGCAAUGGAUACGAG